GCAUUGUGGGGGAUACAGUGCGCCUGGUAGAAACGAGUCCCUUCAGAGGCGCUGUGCUGAGCCGCUCGCGGGACUACACUACCCACAAUGCCCCGAGAGUCGCCUCCAGCUGUCAGAGUCCACCGAUUGGUACAGUGUGGUGGUGUUUGUGCAGUGUGAGGAUUCGGAGAUCACCCGGCGGAAGCUCCCUACGCAGGCUGGACUCCGGAUAGGCACAGGAUGAGUGUGUGGGUUCGUGCUGGACUCCUGGGAUCCACCAUGUAUUGUAUGCACAGGAAGCGGAGCGCGUUAGCCGAGGUGACGAAGGAUGUCGCACAGCUGAGCGGAGUGAGCUCGGAUUAUGAGCUGAAACUGGUGCAAGUGGUGUUUCGGCACGGGGCCCGGACCCCUCUCAAGCCCAUUCCUCACAUUCAGCAGGUGGAGUGGUCUCCGACUCUUCUCGAGGCUCCCGAACACACGCAGUUUAAUUACACAGUCACAGAUCUGGAAGGGGGACCCAGACCUCCUUCACCGUUCGAAGAGCGAUACCGAUCGCACAAGCUCAAGGGUGGCACAUUCCCAGGACAGCUCACCACAAUAGGGAUGCAGCAGAUGUUCAGCCUUGGCGUCCGGCUCCGUAAAACCUACAUGGAAGAGCAAAGUUUCCUGUCACCAGUGUUUAAUCCAUCAGAGGUCUAUGUCCGGUCCACCAAUAUAGUGCGGAAUCUGGAGUCCACGCGGUGUUUACUAGCCGGCCUCUACCAGCAAAAGCAGGAAGGACCCGUCACAAUUGUCACGGAUGAGGCCAGCAGCGAAAUCCUCUACCCCAAUUACCAAGGCUGCCAUGAGCUCAAACAUCAUACAAGUGGCCGGAUGUCUGACGCCAACAACCAGCCGGGAAUGAAAGACGAGCUGAAAAAGCUCCAGCGGGACCUGAAUAUUGAUAACAAAGAGGAAGUGGAUUUCUUCUUACUGCUUGACAACCUGCUGGCCGAACAGGUGCAUGGAUUUCCCUUCUCUGUGAAAUAUAAAAGCCAUCUGCAGAAAACGGAGCAAAGAGCCCUCAACAUUGUCUCCUAUAUGGUGGGGCCUAAUAACAGGGAAGUGUUGAAGCUGAUGGUGGGGCCGUUCCUGUACAUCCUACAGAGGAACAUGCUGGCAGUAACAAGGAAUACGCCGCCUGCUACACCUUCCAGGAAGCUUUUCCUUUACGCUGCUCAUGAUGUGACUAUAAUUCCCCUCCUUAUGGCUCUGGGGAUCUUCGAUCAGAAGUGGCCUCCAUACGCUGCUGAUCUGACACUGGAGCUCUACCAGCACCGAUCGUCCAAGGCGUGGUUUGCCCGACUCAACUACAAUGGGCAGGAACAGGUGGUAAAAGGUUGUAGGGCCGGCCUGUGCCCGCUGGAGGACUUCCUGAACGCGUUUUCUACGUACGCUAUGAGUCCAGAAGACUACAAGGGGCUCUGCUGCCUAAAGGAAUCCGGGGAGAAAGGGAGUAGGACCAAGAAAUAGCUGAAUAUCUCCCCAGGACACAGGAAAACGAAUGGACUGACCUAAACUGGACCUAAAGCUUCAAUGCACCCCAACCUGUUUUACCCCCCCCCCCCCCCCCCCCGGUCUGGAGUUUUAGGCACUGUGAUUUGGCACUAGUACUCCUUUGGUGUUUUGUGCAUUAGAAAAGCAUCAUUCUCAGUAUAGAGGAUGGUGCAGGUGGGGUGACCUAGUUUGAAGAGACCCUGUCACCAACCUGCAGGGAAAAGCACAGAGAAAUCAAGUAUUUUAACUGUUUACUGGCAGCAUUUUCCAUAUAAAAAGAAAAAUCAUGUGAUUGCA